GAAUUCCUGUCGGCCGAGAAGGAGGGGAGACUGCAGGAAGCGGUGGCGAGGGCCCUGCAGCGGAAGGUCAGCUCGUUUGAGACUGCUGCGUGGCUGCGGCAGUUCAAGCAUUCAGGGCGCUGGGACCUGGCUUUGGCCGUCCUUGCGGCUUUGCGCCGCUGCAGGUGUGUCUGUGGCCGCUUUCAGUAUGCGGCUGCCCUGUCAGUGUGCUCGAAGGCAGCUGCUUGGGAGGCUGCCCUUCAUCUCCUCAAGGAACUCAAAGAGACCAAGGCGGAGAUGGAGGUCUCGGAGUUCACAGCCGUGGUCUUGGCAUGUCAGCGAAACUCGCGCUGGACACAGGGCUUGGAGCAGUUCGACGAGAUGGCCGCGCAGCUGCGCCCCGACAUCCGUGCCCAUACCGCUGCAUUGCAAUGUGGUGCGAGCUGGCCGAGCGUGCUGGCUGCCCUGGAAGCGCUGGCGGCGCGGCAGAUGGAGCCCGACGGCCACUGCAACGUGGUGCUGCUUGGCACCCUGGAGGAAAGCGAUUGGGAAUUGGCCUUUGCUGCGCUGGAGGUCUUGCCGGGUGGUGACACUCGGCAGAUUGCCUCGGUUGCACGCGUUGGCGCUGCCCGCUGGAUGAGGUCACAAGAGCUGAUGCGCAAGAACUCGGAUGCCUCUAACAUCUACGUGUACAACGCCCUGGCGGCUUCUGCAGCUCCUUGGCAGCGGUCCUCGGCACUGCUUGGCGCAGCGACGGCGAGCGGGCUGCGACUGGAUGCCGUCGGGUACUGCUCUGCUCUCUCUGCUAGUGCUGAUGCCACAGUCUGGGCCCACUCUCUGAAGCUGUUUUGGGAUAGCUGGACGAGGACAAUUGCACCGGACGAUGCGCUGAUCGGCGCUGCCUUGCUGGCAUGCCCUAUACCGCUCUUGGGCGCUCUCCGCGCUUCUUUGCGCCGCUUUGGUCUCGUCGCCACGUCGGCCUCGGCAUCGGUGGCUGCCGUCGUGGCGAGGACAGACUGUGAGGCUGCGAUGGAGCUGGCGGCACACGGCUCCGAAGGCCCGCUGGACGAGGAGCUACUUGGAAGCCUCCUCACCACGGCCACCAAGGCCACGAGGUGGGCCUCCGCCCUGGCGGCGCUCCGCCUGCCGCAGUCGGCCGGACUUUUGGGGAGGCCGGGACCGGUGGCCACAGCUGCGUCCAAGGUCUUUGCCGACGCGGCCUGCUGGGCCGAAGCUAUGCGCCUUGCACGGCAGCUGGCAGCUGCAGGUUCUGGCGACAUGUCCGAGGUUUGUGCCAAUGCCCUGAAAGCGUUGGACCAGGUAAGUGGCUGGGAGUACGGGCACCGCCUCUUUGAGGACUUGCUGCUGUGGCGCAGCGAGCUGGAUGCCGUGUGCUACAACUGCGCUGUGACAGCAUGCAGACAAGGCCAGCAGUGGGAGCAGGCUGUGGCACGCAGCGAGUCAAGCCGUGCAGCGCACACCACGGCCAGCCAGGAUCCGGUCCUCUUCGGUGGUGUGGUUUCCGUUUGCGGCCAAGGUAGCGCUUGGCGUGCGGCCGCUGAGCUCCUCCGCUCUGCCCUUCGCGCUCGCGCGGAGUCCGACCUGGUGCUCCUGUCGAGCGGAUGCAUGGCAGCGGAGAAAGGUGGCCAUUGGCAGGCUGCUCUGUGGACCCCGGAAAGAACGGCGGCUGCAGGGCUGCCGCAGGAUGUGGUCCUCCGGAACAGCGUUCUGGCUGCUUCCGGGCACUGGCCGAGAUCCCUGGGUCUGCUCCAGGAGGCAGAAAACACCACGAUCGUCAGCUUCAGCGCUGUCCUCGCAGCUUGCGAGCAAGGUUCCGCUUGGUCUCCGGCACUGUUGCUGCUGCGUGGGCUUUCGCAAGACGGCUUGGAGGUGAAUUCCAUCGCAAUGGCGACAGCGGUGGAUGCAGCCGUUUCAGGCGAUCAGUGGCAGCACGCGCUGGUGAUGUUUGCCGCUUUUUGUCAACGAGGUGGUGAAUGUGACCUGGCAGCUUGUGGGGCGCUUCUGGCAGAGUGUGAGCAGUCCGGGACGCAAAGUGUGGAGGUCGACUUGCUCGGCUUGCUUGGUUUCACCCUUGGUCCAGCUGGUCCAAGCAUAGCCGGCGAGCUCUGGAGGAUGACGCAGAGCAACAUGAGGUCGCUCGCCAGGGCUGUUGGACUAGUGGCUUGCAUUUGCGCUCCCCUCACAUCCGGUACCGAAGUAUUUCAUUCGAUUGGCACGCAGGCCUGCAAGACAGGUGAGGAAGAUCUGACCAACCUCCUGCAGAUCAUCCCCGACUGGCAGCAGCUGUCCCAUGAGUCCCACGAGGGCCAGCACGUCCACGCGGGCCAGCACAGUCACGAGGGCCAGGGCCACGCGCACGGCCAUGCCAAGAACGCGGGCAAGGCCGGCGUGGCCGGCGUCACCUCGAGGCGGAUCUCACAGACACAGCAGAGCGCCCAGCUCCACGAGCACGGCACGGCGCAGACAAACAACUCGGGCAAUGCUACUAGCAGCAGCGCCACAGCGAGCUGCGUGGAUCUCAUUCACCAGUGCCGCAACGACUUCGAUUGGAACUCGUGCGUGGGUUUCGAGUCGCGCUGCUACAACGACGCAGCGAAGGCAGUCCAGCUGAUCCAAAUUGAGACUCAACAGAGCCAAGCUUCAGCUCCGGUUGUCAGAACGAACUUGGAUUGCGACACAUGGAGCUUGCGAUGCCAGAGCCAAGACUGGACAGCAUGCCUUCACUUUGAGGACCACUGCCAGCAGGCUUCCCGGCGUCCGACACAGCUUUCGCUAGCCUUUGCCAGCAGCAGCCUAUCGCAGCCGACGUUUCAAAGUGCCCGACGAGUGGAGGAGGGACAGGACUGU